AUGCGUACCAUCGACAAUGAUGGUGGUGGCGGUGCUGCCCGGUCAAUGGUCGGCGUCGACUCACAACCAGAAGAGCUCACAGCCACCAAGGAAUCGUUGGGAGUUCCAGAUGCGCCCUCGAACAAGCUGAGCACCCAGGAUAUCAAUCAGCUGUGGGAGUGGAACCGCAAUGUGCCGCCCCUCCUCUCGACGUGCGUUCAGGAUAUCAUCUCGGAGCAGGCCAGGACGCACCCGGACGACGUGGCCGUGCAGUCGUGGGAUGGGUCCCUGACGUACGGCGAGCUCGAGGAGCUGUCGUCGCGCAUCUCCUACCAUCUCGUCUCCAACGAGGGGGUGGCCGUCGGCACCAGGAUCCCCCUGUGCUUCGAGAAGUCCAUGUGGGCCAUCGUCGGCCUGCUGGGCGUCAUGAAGGCCGGCGCCACCUUCUCCCUCACCGACCCCAGCCAGCCCGAGGCCCGUCUGCGCACAAUCGUCGAGCAGACCGGCGCCCGGCUCGUCAUCACCUCGAGGGCCCAGAGCGACCUGGGCGGCAGGAUAGUCUCCGGCAUCGAGGCCGGCCGCGUCCUCGCCGUCUCGAGAGAUCUGGUCGACUCGCUACCCCCCACCGCCACAUCCUCCGCCACCGUCAGCCUGCCCACAGUCCCGCCCUCUUCCCCCAUGUACGUCAUCUUCACCUCGGGCAGCACCGGAAAGCCCAAGGGCGUCGUCAUAUCCCACGAGAACUUCACCAGCGGCGCGCUGCCCCGCGCCGAUGCCGUCGGCUACACGAGGACGUCGCGGUGCUUCGACUUCCCCUCGUAUGCCUUCGACGUCAGCAUCGACUGCAUGCUGUGCACCCUGUGCAAGGGCGGCCGGGUGUGCGUCCCCUCCGAGGAGGCCCGCAUGAACAACCUGAGCGGCGCCAUCCGCGACAGCGGCGCCAACAUGGUCCACAUGACGCCCUCGGUGGCCCGCGUGCUCGACGACGACAUCAUCCCGUCGCUCGACGUGCUCGGCCUCGGCGGCGAGGCCGUCUCCCCCAGCGACGCCGCCAACUGGGGCCGUCACACCAGCCUGGUCAUCGCUUACGGCCCCUCCGAGUGCACCGUCGGCUGCACCAUCAACAACACGGUCAACGUGUCCACCGGCAUCGGCAAGGGCUGCGGCGGCGUCACCUGGAUCGCCAACCCGGAGGACCACAACCUCCUGACCCCCAUCGGCGAGGUCGGCGAGCUCCUCAUCGAGGGGCCCCUGGUCGGCAUCGGGUACCUCGACGAGCCCGCCAAGACGGCCGAGGUCUUCAUCGAGGACCCCGCCUGGCUGCUCGAGGGCGGCGCCGCCGUCCCCGGCGGUCGCCACGGCCGCCUCUACAAGACGGGCGACCUCGUGCGCUACGAGUCCAACAUGCUCGGCUCCAUCGAGUUCGUCGGCCGCAAGGACCAGCAGGUCAAGCUCCGCGGUCAGCGCGUCGAGCUCGCCGAGGUCGAGCACCACCUACAGUCCUGCCUGCCCUCGGGCGUCAAGGUGGCUGCCGAGGUCAUCAAGCCCGAGAAGGGUGCCCCCGCCUUGGUCGCCUUCCUGGCCGAGUCGUCGGCGGCCACUACGACGACGGCAUCCGACGGUGGCCAGGGUCUCCUGACGGAACCUUCGCCCGAUCUGGCCGCCGCCAUCGCGUCCAUCGACACCACCAUGGGUGCCAACGUGCCGCGGUACAUGAUCCCCGCCGCCUUCGUCGCCCUGCACAAGAUGCCCUCGCUCGUGUCUGGCAAGAUUGACCGCAAGAGCCUGCGCGCCAUUGGCGCGUCCAUGCCGCGAGACAAGCUGAAUCGCUUCCAGGACGCUGCCGGCGGUGAGGCCAACGGACCCGAGGAGGAGCCCGAGACCGACGACGAGAAGAAGCUCCAGGCUGCGUGGACGCAGGUCCUCGGCCUGGGCCCAGAGACCAAGAUCUUCCGCCAGAGCAACUUCUUCAACGUCGGCGGUGACUCCCUGCGAGCCAUGAAGCUCGUCUCGGCCGCCAGGGAGCAGGGUCUUUCCAUCACGGUGGCCGACAUCUUCAUGAAUGCCACGCUCAGGGACAUGGCCCUCAAGGCCCAGGCUUCCCACGCCACCACGGAGCAGGAGGACAUCCCACCCUUCUCUCUCCUCGACAAGGACUGGCCCGUCGACGAGGCGCGCAAGGCUGCCGCCGAGCUGUGCGGCGUCCCCGUCGAGGACAUCGAGGACAUGUACCCCUGCACGCCGCUGCAGGAGGCUCUCAUGGCGCUGUCCGCCAAGGUCAAGGAGGCCUACGUGGCGCAGCGAGUCGUGGAGCUCGACUCCCGGGAGACGGGCGAUAGGCUCAUCAAGGCCUUUGACACCGCCCAGGCCGACUGCCACAUCCUGCGCACCCGCAUCGUCCAGGUCCCCGGCCGGGGGCUCGUGCAGGUCGUCGUCGGCGGCCAGCUGCAGUACCACGCCGGCACCAGGAUGGAUGAGUACCUGGUCAGCGACCGCGACGACCCCAUGGACCUGGGCAAGCCGCUGGUCCGCUACGCGCUCAUCGAGGACGAGGCCACGUCCAAGGUCGGCUUCGUGCUGACCAUGCACCACGCCCUGUACGACGGGUGGGCGAUGCCUCUGGUGGUGGAGCGCAUCAACCGCGCGUACGAGGGCCAGUCAACGUCGCGGCCGGCUGACUUUAAGCACUUCAUCAAGUACCUGAUGAGCAAGGACCGGAGCGAGUCCGAGACCUUCUGGCGCGAGAGGCUCGAAGGCGGCAGCGUGCCGCAGUUCCCCUUGCUUCCGUACGCAGGCUACCAGACCAAGGCCGACUCCCUGCUGGAGAAGUAUGUGUCGCUGGGGAGGCAGCCGGUGUCGGGCACGACGGUGGCGACCGUCAUCCGCGCAGCCUGGGCACUCGUGGCGUCGCAGUACGUGCACACCGACGACGUCAUCUUCGGCGAGACGCUGACGGGCCGCAACGCGCCCAUCAUCGGCGCCGACGAGAUUGAGGGUCCCAUGAUCACCACCAUCCCCAUCCGCGUCUCACUGGACCGCGAGGCUCUCGUGGUUGACUACCUGCGCGAGAUGCAGGACCAGACCGUCGCCCAGAUACCGCACGAGCACUAUGGUCUGCAGCACAUCCGACGCCUGAGCCCCGACGCCCUCGAGGCGUGCGAGCUGCGCACCGGGCUCGUCCUACAUCCCAGCACCGCCGAGGACGAGGCCGCCCUCCUGAGCUCCGACCUGCCGGCCAAUCGCCUGGUGCCGGCCGGAGACGCCGAGGCCGCGCAGGAGGCCCUCAAGUUCAACACGUACGCCCUGAUGCUCGUGUGCUCCAUCGACCCGGAAGGCUUCCUCAUCAUGGCCAGCUUCGACUCGCACACGGUCGACGUGCCCACCAUGGAGCGCGUGCUAGACCAGGUGGAGCGCGUGGCCCAGCAGCUGUGCGCCAAGACGUCGUCCCCCGUCGGCGAUAUCCCUGUGCUCACCUCGGCCGACGUCGACCAGUUCGCCGAGCACAACCGGGCCGUCGCCGCCAAGGCUGUGCCCCAGGACGUGCUUGAAAAGUUCCCCGGCUCCGAGGCCGUCUACGUCGUCGACAACCGCGACCCGCAUCGCCCACUGCCCCACGGAGCCCUGGGCGAGCUCGUUGUCGGCGCAUCCCCCUCCACGGCCAUGGAGCUGACGCGGCUUACCACCGUCCCCAGCUGGGUCGAGAAGCAGGAUCUCGUCCACUACAAGACCGGCAAGCUCGCCAAGUACACGGCCUCGGGCGAGAUCGUGCUCACGGGCAGCGCCGACGCCAAGCCGGACGCCAUCUCCGGAGCCGGAGCCGGAGGCGCGGCACGCCCGGCCAAGCGCGUGUCUGCCAGCUCGCGCAAGCAGAAGAAGCUGCGUAGUCUGUGGAGCCGCGUCCUGCGCAUCCCCGAGGAGGACAUCGGCCUCAACGACAGCUUCUUCAACCUGGGCGGCGACUCCAUCUCGGCCAUGAAGCUCGUGUCCGAGGCGCGGGUGGAUGGCAUCAUCCUGACGGUGAUGCAGAUCUUCCAGAAGCGCUCGCUGUACGACCUGGCUAGCGCGGUCAAGGAGGAAGACACCACAGCGGUCGACGCCGCGGAAUCCGCCGCUGCGGAGAUUGCCGAGCCUUUCUCCCUCCUCUCAGGGGCGGCCGGCAUCACCGACGUGGACGGCUUCCUGCGCGACACGGUGCGGCCCCAGCUGGCCGACGCCUCGGCCAACGUGGUGAACGUGUACCCGGCCCGUCCACUCCAGGAGGUGGCCGUGCUGGGCACGACCAAUCUGCCGCGGUUCUCGGCCCGCUACGAGCUCAUGUUCUUCGACAAGGGCGUCGACGCGGACAAGGUCUCGCGCAGCGCGCGCGAGCUGGUGCAGCGCAACGAGAUCCUGCGCACCGUCUUCAUCCGCCACGCCGGCCACGAGUAUGGCGUCGUCCUCGACAGCCUGGCCACCGACCUGGUGCACUACGAGACCGACUCGCCCGACCUGCGGGGCUUCGUGCACAAGCUGUGCGACCUGGACUCACUGAGCCCGAUGCCCCGCGGCUCCUCGUUCGUCAAGUGGUUCCUCGUGCGCGGCGCCGCGAGCGGCGGCGGCGAGCCCACGCCCUCCUGCCUGGUCAUGCGCGUCUCGCACGCCCAGUACGACGAGAUCUGCCUGCCUCUUCUGCUGCGUCAGCUGUCGGCCCUACUGGAGGGCAAGCCGGUGCAGGACACGGUGCCGUUCUCGUCGUUUGUGGGCCACGUCCUGAACAAGAGCAUCCCCGCGAGUAUCUCCUACUGGAAGGACCUCCUGGCGGGGUCGUCGAUGACGAUCCUCCGCCCGCCGCAGGGCACGCCGUCGGACCAGAAGACGCAUUUCGCCAUCGAGAAGACGAUAGACGUCACGUCGCGGCCGCGCGAGACCACUGCCGCCACCCUCCCGACCGCGGCGUGGGCCCUCUGCCUGGCGCGCCGGCUGUCGCUCCGCGACGUGACGUUCGGCGAGGUCGUGUCGGGCCGCAACAUCGACUUCCCGGGGGCCGACGCCGUCGCCGGCCCCUGCUGGCAGUACGUGCCCGUGCGCGUGCGCUUCGACGACUCCUGGACGGUGCUCGACCUCCUCGACCACGUCCAGCACCAGCACGUCGCCACCUCGGCCCACGAGGCCCUGGGCAUCAGCGAGGUCGUCGAGAGGUGCACGGACUGGAACGUCGGCGUCCCGGACUCGGAUGACUCGGAUGACGACAGGAAGGACAAGAAGAAGAGGAGGGCCGACCAUGACGGGAAGAAGGAGAAGAAGAAGAGGAGGGUCGACUGGUUCGAUACCGUGGUCCACCAGGACGUCGAGCACGUCGAGUCGCUCGACCUCGCCGCCACCGGGUCCCGCAUGGAGACUCUGUACACCCAGCAGGAGCCCCUGCGCGAGUGGAAGAUGCAGGCCUUCUUCAGCGCCGACGGGAAGAUGACGCUCGAGAUUGUCACCAUCGACAGCUGGGCCGAUUUCGCAAGGGAGGUCUUGGACGAUGUCGUUUCUGCUGCAAAGUUUCUUGUCGAGGAGCCCAGGUCCAAGCUCUUUGCUUAG